AUGCCAAACCGGCAGUAUUCUCAUGUAGUGAUUGCUGUCUGUGCCGCCUUGUGCCUGGUAACACAAUUAAAAAUCUGCAAAGCGUCGCCUGUGGCCAUAAAGGGAAUCCUUGAGUUUCACAUAAACGUCGAACUUGUGAAUCUGCCUAACUCCAGUGCAUACAAUUACACAUCCGUUGUGACAGAGAUCGAAACAAAGGUCCGAGUCAAUUUAACCCAAGCAUUGAGGCUAGAGGAUUUAACCAUAAGAAUCAGACAGACGGAUGGUUUAUGUCAAGUUUACUUCAUCAUUCACGGGGAUGCACAACUUGUGUCUGCUUGGCUGGUCCUCUGGGCUCACCUGCAGAUAGUUAUCCACAACACGUCAUCUGAGGUCGAUGUCCUGUUUGAGAGCAAAGGAAGGCGUUACAAAGUUGCAACCGACCAAGUAUGUGAUGUUAGACAAGUUAUUCAGCCAUGCGAGGACACAGAACAAUGCAGUGUGGAUGGAUGCAUACCUAGACAACAGCAAGGAGUCGCAAAUGGUAUCCUGAUAGUGUUGGGAUAUGCAGCAGCCUUCAUUUUAGCGCUGGUGUUGAUCAUUCUGUUCUGCUUUUACCGAGUC